GAAAAACACACACGCGCGCGCGAGAGAGACGUGCCUCCUCUCUCACCCUGCAUGUGUCUGUGAGGACCCCCUGGUCAUGUUCAUUUAGCUGCCCUGCGUGAUGCCUGAUCAUGACAGCACCGCACUCCUAAGAGACUCCAGACAGACGAAGCGCCGACGCGUCGACAUCGGGGUGAAGAGGACCGUGGGUAGCACGAUAUUCGCCCGCGCCAGCGAAAGCCUGUUCGACAGCAUGAACCAAUCACACGGCCCGGACCAGGACGGCGACUGCUCGCUGGUCAGUCGCGGCCACGGCGGCGCUGCCGGCGACGGAGAGAAGUCUAAUGUUCUGAGGAAGUUGCUGAAGAGGACAAACUCGUACGACGACGCCAUGAUGCCCUUUCCUGGCGUCACCAUCAUCUCUCAGCUGCUGAAGAACAACAUAGUCAAGAAUGGAGGCAGCGACUCAGGCUUCCAGGGGAGUGGAGCUCUGUCCAGCGGCGGCUCGGAGAUUCAAGGCGAGGACGCCUGUAGCAACUCCUCCCGUGACCAGGACAGCCCAUCUGACUGCUUGUCUCCUGGGCCGCCUCCUCCAUCGUCCUCCUCCUCCUUCAGGGGGCCACCACCUCCAUUGGGCUUGAACUCACACGCUCCCUCUCAGCCUCACUCCCUCGCCUCGUUCGACUUGGACAGGCUGUCGGACGAGCACCUCCGCGCCAAACGGGCCCGCGUGGAAAACAUCAUCCGCGGCAUGAGCCACUCGCCGCUGGUGCGGCCCAAUCCCGGCGACCACAGCCAAGAGAGCAGCCACGAGAACAGCAGCAACAACAGCAACAGCAGUAACGAUCACAGGGGGGACGGCAAUGUCCACAGCACUGGCAACCACAACCACAUUCCCAGCGACUGCCCGUCCCUCUUGAACUCGCCGGGGUCGCGGGCCACCGUCGGCGAGGUCUACAGGGAGAAUAAGAGGAAACAGCGUCUGCCGCAGCAGCAGCACAGCUUCACACAGCUGGUGUGUUCCAGGCAGGAGCAGAGACAGGAAGAGAGACGGCAGCUCAAACUGCAACUGGAGGACAUGCAGAAACAACUGCGCCAACUCCAGGAAAAAUUCUACCAGAUCUACGACUCAGAGACGGAAGAAGAGGAGGAGAAUGGUGAGAACGGAGAGGGUGACCGAGGAGAAGAAGACGGUAACUUGUCUGAGGACAGCAUACGCUCUGACGGCUUGGAGGAAAGACACCGAGACAGAGGGCGACACAGACACGACCAACUCUCCGAGCUGGACCCGGGUCUGUUCCUGGACCGGGCCCGAGCCCUCCUACGAGAACAGGCCCUUUUAGACGGAGAAAUAGAAGAUGUGGACGGCAGGGAGGAGGAGGAGAGGAACAGAGAAAGGGUGCUGAAGAGGAGAGGAGCGGCGGCAGGAGCCGGGGGAGGGGGACGGCAGUUAGCAGAGACUCUAAAGCAGGAGCUGAACUGUGCCGUGUCACAGGUCGUUGACACGGUCGUCAAGGGCUUCUCUUCACCCAAGCAGGCUGUCAGUCACCAUCAUGGCUGCCACAACAACACACCAGCUGCACCCUCCUCCAACUCGUCCUCUUCCUGUCCUCCGCCGUUUGGGCCCCUGCCCUCCCUUACCCCGGACUCGCGCUUUAGCAGCGGCGCCCUGGCCCUCACUUUGAACGGCGAUGGCAGCCCCACUCCCAACUACCACUCCUCCAACCAGAGGCUGCACUGCUUUGGUGACGUCAUCGUCCCCAGCCCGAUGGAUUCCUUUGGCGGCUUGAGCGGCAGACUGAGCGGCGUGCCGACACCCAGCGACCAAACAGAGGCCCUGCCGUUGGUGGUACGGAAGAACGGCGGUGGAGCCGGGGAAGAGAACAUCAACCCGUCGUUUCCUCCGCCGCCUCCACCUCACCAUCCCUCCCUUCACCCCUCUCCCCUCACUGCCUCUCUCGGGUUUAGCCCUCCAUCAUUUCGCCACCCAUUCCCUCUCCCCCUUAUGGGUUACCCCUUUCAAAGCCCACUGGGGUCACACGGGGGCGGAGCCGGGUACCCGCCGGGGCCAAAGGACCUCCAUCGGUCCUCGCCCGAUUCCAUGGACAUGACGCGGGAAGCUCUCAGCCUCAGAACCAAAAUGGCGUCCCUCGGAGGGAGGCACCUCAGUCACCACCAUCACCACCACCACCACCAGCACAGGCAGAGCUCACCGAGCCAGCACGGACCAGAGGGUCUGUCUCUAUCCCUCAUCAAGUCAGAGUGUGGAGACCUGCAAGACAUCGCCGACAUGUCGCCUUACUCAGGCAGCACUAUUCAGGAGGGUUUGUCUCCCAACCACCUGAAGAAAGCCAAGCUCAUGUUCUUCUACACCCGCUACCCUUCCUCCAACAUGCUCAAAAUGUACUUCUCCGACGUCAAGGUUGUCCUGUUCCAGUUCAACCGCUGCAUCACCUCGCAGCUGAUCAAGUGGUUCAGCAACUUCCGGGAGUUCUACUACAUCCAGAUGGAGAAGUUUGCGCGGCAGGCCAUCAACGAGGGCGUGGCGGCCGCGGACGAGCUGUCGGUGGGCCGCGACGCCGAGCUCUUCAGGGCCCUCAACAUGCACUACAACAAGGCCAACGACUUUGAGGUCCCCGAUCGAUUUCUGGAGGUGGUCCAGGUGACUCUCCGCGAGUUCUUCAACGCGAUCGUGGCGGGCAAGGACGCGGACCCGUCCUGGAAGAAGGCCAUCUACAAGGUGAUCUGCAAGCUGGACAGCGACGUCCCCGACGUCUUCAAAUCCCCAAACUGUCUACAAGAGCUCCUCCACGACUGACUAGGACCAGGGAGGAGGCGCGGCAAGCAAGACAAACCUCUCAGACGACUGUGAAGACGCACACGCGGACAGGGCUGAGGUCUUUUUCUCUGUGAUGCAGAGACUUAGAUUAUUCCUGCAGAGGUUUUGUUCUCGUUCAGCCCGCUCCUCAAAAAACAAACAAACCCAGCCUCAAGAUGUUUUUUUUUUAGAGAAAGUAUUUGCCGAGAUCCUUGUAUUGACAAAUCCUGCCGAGACUUUUACAAGAUUAAAAAGCAGAAAGCGGUGAAUACUCGACAUCCUUGCACUUACAGAGAUAAAAAAAAAGGCCCCUCCGAUCUGGAAACCUCGUCCCCUUCUUUCUUUCCUUCCUUCCUUCCUUCCUUCCUCCUCGUCUGAUCUCGCUCCCGAUCAUCGAUCUUCAGUGCCGACGACAUCUGGGUUCGGGAGUGAACUGAAAAUAAAGAUGAUAAUAUAUAAAUAAA